AUGGAGCCUCGAGUAUCAUUUGGUGGCUCAAACUCAGGUUUCCAGGUUGGAGUUAACCAUGGGUCUAUCCUGGUCGAAGCUCUAGAUCCGUUGAGCGAGCUCUCCGGUGUACCUGAGGCUGAAUAUGGUUCCUACAAAGACCAGUACGAAGAUGAAUGUCUUCCAGGCACGAGGACCGCUCUACUCGAUGAAGUUACAACCUGGGCUCGUUCUCCACACGGCAAAUGCAUCUUCUGGUUGAAUGGGAUGGCUGGGACUGGAAAAUCAACUAUUUCCCGCACCGUGGCUGCGAUAUUCAAGAACAGUAACUUGCUUGGUGCAAGUUUCUUCUUUAAAUGGGGUGAAGCUGAUCGGGGGAAUGCGAUCAAGUUCUUUCCCUCUCUUACCAAGCAAUUGAUGCUUAGGUAUCCGGAGUUGGGAGAUCGGAUCCGAUCAGCGAUGAAGGUAAAUCCUGGUAUUACGUCCAAGUCUUUGAGUGAGCAGUUUGAUAAACUGCUAUACCAACCACUUCGAGGUUUGGCGCCGCAGAGGCCGGAACUUUCCACUGCAGUUGUUGUGAUUGAUGCCCUGGACGAGUGUGGGAAUGAGCAGGAUGUUCAGACUAUAUUGCGCUGUCUGCCUUUGUUGCGAGAUGCAAGCAAUCUGAACAUACGAAUUUUCGUCACGAGUAGGCCCGAGUUACCUAUUCGCCAGGCCUUUUCAGAAAUAUCAGAUCGAAGUUUUCAGGAUUUUGUCCUGCAUGAAAUGAUCUCCAAGGACUCAACUGGACAGGAUAUUGCAUUAUUUCUGAAGGACCAAUUCACAAAGAUCAGGGCCUCGCGACGCCUACCUCUGUCUUGGCCUCGGGAGGAAGAUCUUCAAACGCUCGUCACUAUGUCAGUCCCGUUGUUCAUUUCUGCGGCCACACUAUGCCGAUUCAUCGGUGAUAAUAAGUGGCAGCCAACGGUACGUCUUGCCGAAGUCCUCAAUAAUCAAGAAAAGUACGCCAUGAAAAUGGAAAAUACAUACCUGCCCAUCUUGGAGCGACUUCUCGCUGGUCAAGAUGAGGAGGACUCGGAGAGGCUUUUGCAUGAAUUCCAGGAUAUCAUUGGAACUAUCGUCCUCCUAGUUGAACCUCUUCCUGUCAAAACUCUCGCUGAGCUACUUGAUAUUCCAGCGGAUGUCAUCAGCAACCGGCUAGAGUCCUUCUCGUCUGUUCUCCAUGUGCUAGAUGAUCAAGACCUGCCAGUGAGAAUCAUGCAUCUAUCCUUCCGAGAUUUUCUGAUACGCUCCAAAACGAAAUUCCGCGUGGAUACCCCACAUCGACAUCGGCGAAUAUUCCUCCAGUGUAUAGAUAUCAUGCGCAAGAAACUCAGGAAAAGCCUCUGCGGUUUGGGCAGCGAUAGUACAGUGAAACCCAAAUGUCACCACCCCCAAGCUUCACGACAGAACAUACCACUGGAAGUACGAUAUGCCUGUAACCACUGGGUGUACCAUUUGGGGCAGAGCGAGGACCCCACAGCCGAGAUAAACAAUGUCCUUUCAUUUCUAACGGAGAACUUCUUUCACUGGGUCGAAGCAUUGGACUUGGUCCGUGAACGGAUUACACGGCUGGUCGAACUAAGUGGAUUAUUGGUUAUGCUGGGUGUAAGGAAUUCUGAAACAUUCGCUUGA